UUGGUGGUGGACGCAUUGGUCAAUCUUCUCUGCCGAGAAAACAUAUCUGCUGAAACACUGUGGGAUGGUGGUUGGCUUUUACGUCAAUUGCUUCCUUACAGCGAGGCAGAAUUUAAUUGCCAACAUCUUGAGAUGCUGAAGUUUUCAUAUGAGAAAUGCUCAAGCGCACUUAUUCGGGAAAUUAAGGGUACCUGGUCUGAUCUACUCAUCCCAGUACUGCUUGAUGAGUGGAAAAAGUGCAAAAGAGUGAUUGAAGCUCCAUCACCUCGAAAAGAGCCUAAAUUCAUUCUUCUCCAGCUGAACAAAUCUUCUUCUGAUGAUAACGUUGUUAGCGAAUCAUCAUUCACGGCCGGUGAAAGAAUGUGCGAGUUGGUAAAGGUCUUUUUGCUUCUUCAUCAAAUCCAAAUCUUCUCGCUUGGUAGGCCCUUGCCAGAACAGCCUCCAACCGAUCCACCUGAGAUGUCCCUCGCUACAACUUCUGGUUUGGAUGUUUCAGUCCCGAAGCCUGGCACCGAACUGAAACUAGGUGAUGCAGUGCCCUGUAGGAUUGCCUUUGAAAGAGGCAAGGAACGGCACUUUUCCUUUCUAGCAUUCACAUCCGGGUUAUCCGGGUGGAUCGUCCUUACUGAAGAAUCGCCUUUGAAAUCAGAUUACGGGAUUGUCCGUGUCACUGCACCUUUAGCCGGAUGCAAUCCUCGGAUAGAUGAGAAACACCCUACAUGGCUACACUUGAGAAUCCGUCCAUCCGCCUUACCAUUCUUGGAUCCAGCAAAGCGUGGAGUCUAUGAGAAGCUCAAGACGAAAGGUCUGGUCGACGGGAGAUGGACAUUGGCAUUCACGGAUGAAGUAUCUUGUAAAUUGGCUUACUCCAUGGUCGUGGACGAGAUCUGUAGACAAAGCAACGAGGUCGAAAGAAGAUUAAAACCAUUGCUCGAGCUCGAACAAAUUCAAGACCAAUCGAACCUUGCAUCCGAUUCUUCCUCUUCUACUUCAUCAUCACCACCGUCUUCGGGCUGAGCUCAGAAUUCGGGUAUUGAACUUUGGUCCCUACUUGUAAAUGAAAUAUUUGAAGCACCAGUAUUUAGAGAUAUAUCCAUAGAGUAGUGUUUCCAUUGUUCUUUCCUUCACCUUUUAAGUUUGGGUGCCUUAUUUUGCAAGUUAUCAUUCGUUCACCACUUCGUCUCUCUAACCCUAGAGUUCGUGUUUCUGUUUCCUGUUGGGCUUUUUUCCUGCUCCCUUUAAUAAUUUUUGUAUGUUUUUUUGUAUCAUCAUUGUAUAUUUGAUGCAGUUUUAUAGUGAUUUUUCCUCUUCAUA